AUGUUAUUACCAUCCAUAUUAUGGGCUCGUAGUACUGGUUCAAAAUUUAGCUCUCCAAAUAUGGAUAAAAGUUGUGAUAAAACAAUCAUUCUGGACGGCGAUAAAUUGCCAGGGACAUAUUUUAGUUUGAGUUCAGGUAACUAUGCACAAAAUCUCAAUUGUAUUUUAACAAUCAAAGGACAAACAUCAAAUCAACGUAUUAUUAUUGUUAUUGAUAAGAUGGAUAUUGCAUGUGGUGGCGAUAAACUUGUAAUAUACGAUGGAAAAAUUGAUCAAGGAACAAUAUUAAAUAAAAAUCAAUCACAACAAUGUGGAAAAAAACAAAUAUUAUCUUCGUGUAAAUUAAUUAUUUGUUAA